AUGGAAAUGAUUAUAGCAUUUUUACGAGAAUCUAAUGUGGUCUUGAUUGGUGUUAAUUUGCUUUUUGGCUGGUUUUGUUUCUGUGUAAAAAUUUCAGAUGUCAACAAGAAGUCUCGAUGCGAUAUUGAAUUGUUUAUUCAAGUAGAAUUUCUGGCGCCUUGUGUUUGCUUUCUUAUCAUGUUUAAUGAUGUAAACCCAAGCUUAAACGUUUAA